AUGUGCCCAUCCAAGAAAAGAACUCAACCAACUUCAUCUUCUCAUCAAAACAACAAGAAGGCAUCCACAACCUCUUGGAUUCCAACCACUCUCAACGAUUUCAUCCUUCUAGAGGGUGAUGAAAGUCAUUCUACCACAUCUGAACAACAUGCCUUGGUGGUGGGUUCAACAUCUUCUACCGUGUCUUCCACUUCACGUCUGAAUCAAUCUCCCCAAAAUCCAAAUACUCUUGUGGAUGCAUCCACCUUUCAAGCUCAAUUUCGGAUGAAUCAUCAAGAACAGGCUCCCAUUGAUUUGACCACCCUAUCCGAAGAAGAACAUUCUGACAAGGAAGAUUCGACUCCAAGCGGAACCUCCUCGAAACGAACCCUAAUCUCUACAACACCAUCCUCAAACACUCCAAAAAAGCCUCCAACCAAACAAACUCCACCCACAACAUCCAUCACCUCAUACACUCCCUUCAAAUCCAUGUCGAGUCGAUUCACCCUCGCACCAACCACUCCACAAUAUCAAAAUCUUCCAAAACCUCCCAAAGGUCACUCCUUUACACCUCCAAAAGCAUUUGGCAUUGAUAAAGCUGAAAAAUAUAAAAUAUUUUUCCAGUGGUUGCUUGAAGAGAUCUAUCCUCACGAUCAAUGCACUGCAACUCGCCGAGCAAGUGUUGACAAUUUAACUGCCCAGUUGGAUGAGAAGGGAGAGAGUAUUUAUGGUGCUGUCACUUUCCAAAAGACGGUUUAUCACUUGAUCAAGAAUUUUCGACAAGACGUGUUGAGAACCAAAGCAAAGGUGGAAAAGGAGAAUGCAGCCAUGCGAAAUCGUAGGUUGAAACGUAUUGAAAAGGGAAUUUGUGUGUCAUGUCCUAACCCAGUCGAAGACACGUAUGAAAUUGAAGUGCCCUUGCAACAUGUUCAGCACUGGUAUGAAGUGGAUUCAUCUUCACAGGCCAAUUCCACCAACACCACCACCAAAACCAUUCGCUUCAUGCAAUGUCAUGUGCCUUAA